AUGAAUCUCUUCGCUGUCUUCUUCUGCCUCAUCGCUUGCAGUUUCGCCACUCCCAUCCAAAAUGAACGUUUUACAUUGGAUGUUGAUAUGCUGAAUGGCUUAAUGAACAUGUACGUUCGCCUUCUCAAAGCCAUGGACCCGCUCUACGUAAAGCAAGCAAAAUUGUUUGAGUCAAAUGGCUACGUCUUCGAGGUGAAGAACGCAAUCAUGGAAGGCUUCUCAGACAUCACAUACGAUACCUCGUUAGAGAAGAACUCUCCAGUAACAGCCGUCAAGGUCUCCGUGAACCUACCCAGAACAUUUGGAUCCGUUGAACUAUGGAAUAGCACUUUGCCCUUGAUUUACGGAAGCGGUAGCGCGACGUUUGAUCUCAGACGUGUUCAAGUCGUGAUGGAGGUCGGCUUCAACAUGACCUCGAUGUUGUUUGAACCAGUCGUGUUCAAGCCCUCCAUUAAAGAAGUACAGUUUGAAAUCACCGGUGUCAACAACCACGAAGAGUACCUACAGUCGAGAAUUCAGCAAAAAAGUCAGAGAUGCGUUCAAUGUUCUGGUGAAUGA